CCCGGGGGCUGGCGUGGCCCGGGACACGCCUUCCCCCGAGCGGAACAAAACGGCGCGCCGGCCGGGCGCACCCAGCCGCCGCUUCCGAGAGCGCCCCCGCCGCCGCCGCCGCAGGGUUCAGAAUGCCGAACUGGGGAGGAGGCAAGAAAUGUGGGGUGUGCCAGAAGACAGUGUACUUUGCCGAAGAGGUCCAGUGCGAAGGCAGUAGCUUCCAUAAGUCCUGCUUCCUGUGCAUGGUCUGCAAGAAGAAUCUGGACAGUACCACGGUGGCUGUGCAUGGCGAGGAGAUCUACUGCAAGUCCUGCUAUGGCAAGAAGUACGGGCCAAAAGGCUACGGCUAUGGGCAGGGCGCAGGCACGCUGAGCACCGACAAGGGGGAGUCACUGGGCAUCAGGCACGAAGAGGCCCCUGGCCACAGGCCCACCACCAACCCCAAUGCUUCCAAGUUUGCCCAGAAGAUUGGCGGCUCCGAGUACUGCCCCCGAUGCAGCCAGGCGGUCUAUGCUGCCGAGAAAGUGAUUGGUGCUGGGAAGUCCUGGCAUAAGUCCUGCUUCCGGUGCGCCAAGUGUGGCAAAGGCCUCGAGUCAACCACCCUGGCUGAUAAGGAUGGCGAGAUUUACUGCAAAGGAUGCUACGCUAAAAACUUCGGACCCAAGGGCUUUGGGUUUGGGCAAGGAGCUGGGGCUCUGGUCCACUCCGAGUGAGGCUGCAGCCACCCGCCACCCGCUGCCCACGCCUGCGCUUUCCAUCGCUGUGUCCUUCCCAGCAGCCUCGGCGACCUCGGAUUCUUCCCCCCCUCUCAGCCCUGCCACGCAUCACUAAUAACUUGAACUUGGGUGUCUGGGUCCCUUUGGUUCGGGGUCUUCCUGACAUCCUACCCCUCCAAGGAGCCCCCCUGCCUGGGAUCGGACACCAUCACCAGCAGGAGAAUCUGUGUUUUGAGUCUAGGUGGGACCGAGCCCCUUCCCCUCACCUUGCCCCACAGGCCUCUGUUCUUAGCCUCUUAGGCUGAGUGUCCAUCAUCAACUGGCCGGACCCCUGAGCCCAUUUCUCGGAUCCCAGAGGAGCAGCAGCAGACCCAGUCGGGAGGGAAGCAGAGCUGAUGUGGGGCAGGGGCAGGCUGUGGUCUGUUGCAUCCCAGAGAUUCCCCUCUGUGGGUAAGAGGGUGGGCUUCUGGUGUCCCUGAGAACAGGCCUGGGGAGUCCCAGCUCGGGAUGCAGACAGGGUCAUGGACCGAAGGAGCCCCCUGCUUCUCCACGCCUCUUGCCUUUGAGGCUGUGGGGAACUGGUGUCUUUUCUCGGGGUGGGAGGAGAACAGCCUGUGUGAGAAGCUCCCAGUCAGGAUGCGGUCUGACCUCCCCAGGCACUGACUUCCCUGCUUGCUGGAGGGCCCAGAGGAAGAAACACCGGCAAUGCACGCUCCCAUGUGUCCACUCGGAUCUGAGGGUAGGCGGCUCUGCCCCUCACCCUGGGUCCGAAGGUGGUGACGGCAGCUCCCGCAGUUUGCUGCACAGCCCAGGCCAGUGCCUGACCCUCAGACGUGGAGGGAGGCUCACACAGCCUCCGUCUUCAUCUGGACGCCCCUUCCCCCUGCACCCAGUCCUCAGGACCUGCCCACCCAGCAGGGCCUUGCCCCUUCGCCCUGCCCUUCUCCAGGGACUGCUCUGGCCACUCACUCCCAUCCCUUCCAGGCCCCCAGGUCAGGAGCAGCAAGAGGGGGAGGGGCUGGGCCUUGCUGGUGACUGAAAGGACAACACUGACGGGGCUGUGACCAGCAGGGCUGCAGGCACGGACCGUACUCAGCUGAUGCUCACCUGGUCAAUAAAGCUAUUACAACAGA